UCCCGACAGGUAUAAAAUGCCACGCAUCACUUCAAUCGACACUUGAUCACUGAGAUCUCUCGUCCACGCGUCCAACUUUGCAGCAAUGGCGUUUUCGACUUCACUUUUGGUUCUGGCCACGGUUUGCUGUUUCGUCGUGAAUGCAGCCGAAGAGAAUCUGUUACCCGUUCCUUCCGGGACCAGCCAUCGCCAAUCCAGGCAAAUGUUCGUCAUGCCUCCGCCGCUAUUUAAUUAUUUCAAUCCCUAUGGGUCUCAGAUGAUGGUGCCAGCAGCACAAGGCGGCUAUGAAUCGGAAAUAGAAGAAAGGCAGAAUCCAGCUCCGGAAAUUACUAUAGCGCCAUCAGCUACAUCGUGCCUCGCUAACUCCCCCACCGCCAGCAAUUGUAUAUUGGCAUCCAGCGCGGCGAGAGGAUCUCUUAAGGUUACGUUUAGUGCAAAUUCCCAAGGUGUUUUUUUGUCGAUCGGGCCGAGCAAGUAUUAUUUUAGAAAAGUGAAAGUCACCUGCGAUACCCUCACGAAUGUUAAAGUCUUCACGAAAACCACCGAAUUAUCAGCAACGGUUAAGGAAGCGCUUGAAGAUAAACCAAUCGUGUUGGUUGCGAUUUCCAACGCGGCCAACGGCGCGACCGGCGUAUUGCAAUGCAAAUGGACCUCACAAUAAUCACUCGACGUGCUCUACAGCAAGUACACAACAGACCUGCUUAAUGCUUAUACUUAUAUCUUUGCAUAGUUUUUAGCUUCGCUUGUUGUAUGUUAUCGAAAUCAAGAGCUCAAACAACCAUUUAAUGUUGCCGUAGCUCUCGAUAUCGACGGGGCUUAUUUAAUUUUACACUGAAGUUCAAAUGUCGAUGUAAUAUUUAAAAAGAGUAGAAGAAUACAUUGA